GAGGUACAUCCCCACAACAUUCCCCAGAGUGAAGCCAGCCUGAGGAUGAGGCAAAACAAAUGUCAUUAACGAGAUCUAAUGACGAACAUCACCUUCACACGAGAACUACACCUCCCAGGACCACACGGAGAAACAGCACCUGUCCUCCAGCCAGUGGGUGUUGCGGCAAUGGUGGUGUCGGUGGGACAUUGAAUGACUUUGGCUCCAUCACGAAGUUACCCGCUGUUUGUGAGUUAUUUGGUGCAGCACAAACAUGGAGGCUCUUAUCCCGGUGAUAAACAAGCUGCAGGACGUGUUCAACACGGUGGGGGCGGAUAUCAUCCAGCUGCCGCAGAUAGCAGUGGUCGGGACUCAGAGCAGUGGUAAGAGCUCCGUGCUGGAGAGCCUGGUGGGCAGGGACCUCCUUCCUCGUGGGACUGGUGUCGUCACUAGGCGACCCCUCAUCCUCCAGCUGGUCCACGUGGAUCCUGGAGACUCCAGGAAAAAUGACGACGGUGGUAGAGAGGGUGAAGAGUGGGGCAAGUUUCUGCACACAAAAAAUACGAUCUACACAGAUUUCGAUGAAAUCAGGCAAGAAAUCGAGAAUGAGACGGAGCGAGUCUCGGGGAAUAAUAAGGGGAUCAGCGAUGAACCCAUUCAUCUGAAGAUAUUUUCUCCUCAUGUCGUCAACCUCACACUGGUGGAUCUGCCAGGAAUCACCAAGGUGCCCGUAGGGGAUCAGCCCAAGGACAUCGAGGUUCAGAUAAAAGAUUUGAUCCUGAAGCACAUCUCCAACCCCAACUCCAUCAUCCUGGCUGUCACGGCUGCCAACACAGACAUGGCCACCUCGGAGGCGCUGAAGGUGGCACGGGAGGUCGACCCCGAUGGCAGGAGGACACUUGCUGUGGUGACCAAACUGGACCUGAUGGACGCUGGUACCGAUGCGAUGGAUGUUCUUAUGGGCAGAGUCAUUCCUGUCAAACUGGGCCUCAUCGGAGUCGUCAACAGGAGCCAGUUGGACAUCAACAAUAAAAAGUCUGUGGCUGAUGCUAUCCGGGACGAAUAUGCUUUCCUCCAGAAGAAAUAUCCGUCUCUUGCCAACAGAAAUGGAACCAAGUACCUGGCCAGGACCCUGAACAGGUUACUGAUGCAUCACAUCCGAGACUGUCUCCCUGAGCUGAAGGCACGGAUCAACGUGUUGGCAGCUCAGUACCAGUCCCUGCUCAGCAGCUACGGCGAACCCGUCGAGGACCAGAGCGCCACCUUGCUCCAGCUCAUCACCAAGUUCGCCACAGAAUACUGCAACACCAUCGAGGGCACGGCCAAGUACAUCGAGACGGCAGAGCUGUGCGGCGGAGCCAGAAUUUGUUACAUAUUCCACGAGACGUUUGGCAGAACGUUGGAGUCUGUGGAUCCUCUGGGAGGACUCAGUACCAUAGAUAUCCUGACGGCCAUACGGAACGCCACUGGCCCGCGCCCAUCGCUGUUUGUGCCCGAGGUCUCCUUCGAGCUGUUGGUGAAAAAGCAGGUGAAACGCCUGGAGGAGCCCAGUUUGCGCUGUGUGGAGCUGGUCCACGAGGAGAUGCAGAGGAUCAUCCAGCACUGCAGCAACUACAGCACACAGGAGCUGCAGAGGUUCCCUAAGUUGCACGAGGCCAUUGUGGAAGUGGUCACCUCCCUGCUGAGGAAGAGACUGCCCAUCACCAAUGAGAUGGUCCACAACUUGGUUGCGAUUGAGCUGGCCUACAUCAACACCAAACAUCCAGACUUUGCAGAUGCCUGUGGCGUCAUGAAUAACAAUAUAGAGGAGCAAAGGAGGAACAGGAUGAGAGAGCUGCCCGCUGCAGUGCCCAGGGAUAAGUCUGUUGGCAAAGGCCCGGCUGGUCCAACUGUGGUUUCUGGCGAGCCCCCCGCGUCUGGAGCAGACAUGGAUGGUGCCAAGGCAGGAGGACCGCAGGGUGAGCAGGACGGCACAGGCAGCUGGAGGGGGAUGCUGAAGAAAGGAGAGGAAGCCCCCGGCUCUGGACCUGGAAGCCCCUUUAAAGGAGCCGUCAACCUGCUGGAUGUGCCUGUGCCAGUCGCCAGGAAGCUGUCAUCACGUGAGCAGCGGGACUGUGAGGUCAUCGAACGCCUCAUCAAGUCGUACUUCCUCAUUGUCCGCAAGAACAUUCAGGACAGUGUGCCGAAGGCAGUGAUGCACUUCCUGGUCAACCAUGUGAAGGACAGCCUCCAGAGUGAGCUUGUUGGCCAGCUGUAUAAAUCUGGCCUCCUCAAUGAUCUGCUGACCGAGUCAGAGGAUAUGGCUCAGCGGCGCAAGGAGGCCGCGGACAUGCUACAGGCGUUGCAGAGAGCUAGUCAGGUGAUUGCUGAGAUCCGGGAAACCCAUUUGUGGUGAAACGGAGCUGAACAUGAUCUGUUUUCUCCUCGUCGUGCCCAAAGGACUGACGCUCCAUGAACUAUCAUCUCUGAACUUGAAGUUAAGGUUUUGCAACCAUGAAAAUGCACUGUUCUGCUCCCUGCUCAGACAUACAGUAGGUACCAUUUAGGCUCACAGGCUACCUGAAAGAAAUGUAAGUUGGCUUCAUUUUUUAUUUAAAAAGCUUGGUGUUAUAUUGAAUACGUGAGAAUGCACUGCCUCUCGUAGGCUAAGGUAGAAAGUGUAGUUGCCUCCCACUGCUACUGGAGGAAUCAAAAGGUAAAGUACUGUUUCGGCAGACAGCGGUUAACCAGUAUGAAAAUGGACAUUUGUGUGAUGAGGAAAUUUUAGUGUGACGAGGAAAGUUUAGAUGCCAUGUUGGCAGCAAAUCAUUAUGGAAAACUUCUUUAGGGUUAUAAAAAUAUUGCUAAGCCUUUUCAGUUGGGAGAAGCUGUCGUGUCAGUAGCUGAGGAAAUCGUACAGUAAUUGGUUCACUGAAUUAAAAUGCACUUUGCUCCUGACUUGCAGCAAACGUUAGUCCUGUCACUUGUGUACAUAGUCCAUUACUUUAUUUUUUUGCACUAUUGUCACCACACUGUACUGUAUCGCCAAAACUUUUAUUUAUUAAUGUGUUAUUUAAGUGUUUGGAUAAUGUUACAAGCACUAUUGCAGCGUGCUGCUGUAGGUUAUUUAAUUAUGUUUACAUAUCUAUCUACAUGUGAAAUUUACUGUGCACUGUGGUUCUCUGUAGAUGGCUCACAAAGAAUAAAUAUAAGUAUUUUA